GUCUCUUUUUUCUUUCCUCCCCCUCGGGCUGCAAGAAUUGCUCCAGGAUCCACUCGCUUUGCGGAUUACCAGCUCCCUCCUAAGCCGCCGCCGCCGCCCUGCGUCCCGUUGCAGAAUCCAUGAAGUUUUUUUGGACCGGCGUUUUGUUCUCCUUGGUGGUGACAGAUGUUGCAGCCCUUCAGUGCUACUCCUGUAAUGGCUACAGCGACUGCAAGGAUACGGAGACCUGUAAAGAGCACCAGCCGAUGUGUAAAACCACCGUCAUGACCAUAAUAAGCCGACCCAAGAUCUCCACCUACUUCCUCAAGGGCUGUGAUGUCCGUGGAAAGGCUAAUAAUUCCAUCUCACACCUUCUGGGCCAACGGGUGGUCUUUCUGGCAGAGGAGCAUUGUGAAACCGAUCUGUGCAACAGUGGCAUACCCAAGGAAAUGCCCACAGUGAGGGAUAUGAUCCAUAUCCGGGGCCUUAAUGAAAACCUCCUGAGUUGCUACUCUUGUACAGCUGCUGAUAACAGUUGUAAGAACUCCAGGCUCACACCGAUGCGUUGUUUCUGGCCCCAGGACAAGUGCAUAGAUAUCACCUCCUUGACAGAUGGAGAAGAAUUACCCAAGGAUCAAGAACGUAUCAAAGGCUGCGGGCAGUUUUCCCACUGCCAGGAUGCUCUGGGCUUCCACAACCACAAGAAUUUCUACAUGGUCAAGUGUUGUAACUUCAGCGGGUGUAACAAUGAUGUGCAAGAUUACAAGCAGGCUCCCUUGCCCUUGAACGGGAUUACGUGUCACAGCUGCGAAGGAAACGGUACUCACGGCUGUGCCCCAGAUAAUAUCACCACGGUGCAAUGCCGAGGCCAUAUGACUAAGUGCCUAGAGGCCUCAGGAAUCCACGGUGUCUCUGGGAGCUACUCAGCCAUCAAAGGUUGUGCAUCUCCAUCCUGGUGCAACAGUCCCUAUACCUCUAUUUACAAGAACCUGGGCAACGUAGAAACUCACUGCUGUACUGGUGAGCUGUGCAACCGUUUGAUCAUCGAUGGACAGCGAAAAUCAUCUCCAAGGAGCCAAGCCAGCCACCUCACCUUGGCCCAUCACACUAUUACGUCAACGAGUCUCCUGCUUUUUAUAGUUUCCCUCCUUUCUUGAGAAAGCUCCUGAUCUCCAAGAGGAAGGCGGACGCUUACUCCGGAUCUGGACCAAGUAGAACUUAGAACUAGGACCUUUUCUACUCUCCCCAAUAUUUGAAUGCAGCUGGGAAUAAACGGGAGGGGGGGGUUCUUGCUGAGAGCCCCUCCUUAUGUGGGAUGUACACACCUCACACCAUUAAAGAGACCGUCAUCCCUACAAAACCAGGGGCUCUCUGGUAGGGUUUCUGCUCAAUGGGAUAGAGUAACAAGAGUUGGAAAGGACCUUGGAGGUCUUCUAGACCAACCCCCUGCUUAAGACAGGAAACCCUACGCCACUUCAGACAUAUGGUUGUCCAAUCUCUCCUUAAAAACCUCCAGUGCUGGAUCAAUGAAUGCAAGUCAAGAUUGCUGAAUUAUAGCAAAGAUGCUGGACCCACAUCUUGUGGGGGAAAUCCUCAUUUUUUUUCAUAGUCCGCUGAAUAGGACACCACGAAAUUUCCCAUUCCUUUUAUUUAUACCUUCUCGAUGCUAUGAUGGACCCUUUUUUAGUUGUUUCAGCUCAUGAAGAUUGAGCCUCGUGGUCUUUUGAAAUCUGGGUGGGGCACUCAAGAGCCAUCCCUGCCUUACCUCCAAAGCUUGACUCAUCAGUGACCCGAGGAGCUUGCCCAAGGAGCAGCUAUUUUCCUCUUUUAGAAGUUUGU